CGUCGCGCCCUCCUUUUUUUUUCAAACCCAGAGCGGGGCGGGGAUUGGUGGGCUGGGCUCUCACGUGGUUAACGGUCGCGGGAAGCCGCGGAGCCCGAACUUGUUGCUGGACCUGCGGAGACCCCAGCCUCGGUGCCCGGGCCGACCAGCUUCCGCUGGACAGUCCACGCCGCCACUGCAGCCUCCKCCCGCAGCCCAGAGCGCUUCGGAGUCGUCGUCGCGGCCGCCGCCGCGCAGGCUCACCGCCGCCGCAGCUAGGCGCGCCCAGUCGCACGUGGCGGACCCGCCCCCUGGGCCRGCCGAGUCCUGGACUCCGUGGUCAGCGGCUCUCCAGUCCUCCGCCCCGACCCCAGGCCCGCAAUGAGCUUCCUUAGCCGGCAGCAGCCGCCGCCGCCCCGCCGUGCCGGGGCCGCCUGCACUUUGCGGCAGAAGCUGAUCUUCUCUCCCUGYAGCGACUGUGAGGAGGAGGAGGAAGAAGAGGAGGAGGAGGGCAGUGGCCACAGCACUGGAGAGGACUCGGCCUUUCAGGAGCCCGACUCGCCGCUGCCGCCCGCGCGGAGCCCCACGGAGCCCGGGCCAGAGCGCCGCCGCUCGCCCKGCCCGGCCCCCGGCAGCCCCGGGGAACUGGAGGAGGACAUGCUGCUGCAGGACGCCUGCCCGAGCGCGGACGCGGCGGGCGGCGGGGCGGAGGGCGACUCGUGGGAGGAGGAGGGCUUCGGCUCCUCGUCGCCGGUCAAGUCGCCAGCGGCCGCCUACUUCUUAGGCAGCUCUUUCUCGCCUGUGCGCUGCGGCGGCCCGGGGGAUGCGUCUCCGCGGGGUUUUGGGGCGCGCCAGUCCGGCGAGGGCCCCUGCUCGCCGCUGCCCGACCACCCGGGCACCCCGCCACACAAGACCUUCCGCAAGCUGCGGCUCUUCGACACGCCGCACACGCCCAAGAGUUUGCUUUCCAAAGCUAGAGGAAUUGAUUCCAGCUCUGUGAAACUCCGMGGUGGUUCUCUAUUCAUGGACACAGAAAAAUCGGGAAAGAGAGAAUUUGACACACGACAGACUCCUCAAGUGAAUAUUAAUCCUUUUACACCGGAUUCAGUUUUGCUUCAUUCCUCAGGACAGUGUCGUAGAAGAAAGAGAGCGUAUUGGAAUGAUUCCUGUGAAGAUAUUGAAGGCAGUGAUUAUGAGCUUGAAGAUGAAACAAGACCUGCUAAAAGAAUUACAAUUACUGAAAGCAAUAUGAAGUCACGGUAUACGACAGAGUUUCAUGAGCUGGAAAAAAUUGGCUCUGGAGAGUUUGGUUCUGUGUUUAAGUGUGUGAAGAGGCUAGAUGGAUGCGUUUAUGCCAUUAAGCGAUCAAAAAAACCAUUGGCCGGCUCUGUUGAUGAGCAGAAUGCUUUGAGAGAGGUAUAUGCUCAUGCAGUGCUUGGACAGCAUCCUCAUGUGGUUCGAUAUUUCUCUGCCUGGGCAGAAGAUGAUCAUAUGCUUAUUCAAAAUGAAUAUUGUAAUGGUGGAAGUUUAGCUGAUGCUAUAAGUGAAAACUACAGAAUCAUGAGUUACUUUACAGAAGUAGAGUUGAAGGAUCUCCUUUUGCAAGUUGGCCGGGGCUUGAGAUAUAUUCAUUCAAUGUCUUUGGUUCACAUGGAUAUAAAACCUAGUAAUAUUUUCAUAUCUCGAACUGCAAUCCCAAAUGCUGCCUCUGAAGAUGGAGAUGAAGAUGACUGGAUAUCCAACAAAGUUAUGUUUAAAAUAGGUGAUCUUGGGCAUGUAACAAGAAUCUCUAGUCCACAAGUUGAAGAAGGUGAUAGUCGUUUUCUUGCAAAUGAAGUUUUACAGGAGAACUAUACCCAUCUACCAAAAGCGGAUAUUUUUGCCCUUGCCCUCACAGUGGUGUGUGCUGCUGGUGCCGAACCUCUUCCCAGAAAUGGAGACCAGUGGCAUGAAAUCAGACAGGGUAGAUUACCUCGAAUUCCCCAAGUGCUUUCCCAGGAAUUUACAGAGUUGUUAAAAGUUAUGAUUCAUCCAGAUCCAGAGAGAAGACCUUCAGCAAUGGCACUGAUAAAGCAUUCAGUAUUAUUGUCUGCAUCUAGAAAGAGUGCCCAACAAUUACGAAUAGAAUUGGAUGCUGAAAAGUUCAAAAAUUCACUUUUGCAGAAAGAACUCAAGAAAGCCCAGCUGGCAAAAGCUGCAGCUGAGGAAAGAGCACUCUUCACUGACCGGAUGGCCACUAGGUCCACCACCCAGAGUAAUAGAACCUCUCGACUUAUUGGAAAGAAAAUGAACCGCUCUGUCAGCCUUACUAUAUACUGAACUACUCAUUUCCCACCUCCCCCCMAAAAAAAAACUGUGACAAGAGGAAGCUAGGUUGAAAUCACUGCUAGAAUCCACUUUGCAAUUACUUUCUCUAUUGGUGUCAGUAGUUUUACUGAAAUACUUUUUAGGACUUUUAUUUGUGAAUUACAGUUGAAAGCUGUAUUUUGACCUUUGCCAUAUCAGGCUUUUGUGUAUAGUCUUAUCAGUUUGUCUUCUGUAGGAUGUCAGUCAGUCACUGUUGGAUGUUACACCAUCCUUUGCAGGGUUAACCACUGUGGUGGUGUGCUGCUUACAGUUUUCUGUUGCAUUGUAAUAAAAGGUAUCUUUCCCUGUAGUGACCUGUAGAAAGGACUCAAGGGCUUUAUUGCAAACAUACUUCCCUUUGAAAAGGGGAAUAUUAAGAUACUCAGUACUACUCAGCCUCUCCAAUGUACCUGUGUGUCAAUCUUACAUUUCUUUUUUUCUUUUCUUUCUUUCUUUCUUUUUUUUUUUUAAUUGUGAAUUAUACUUAUAUAUCCAACUGGGAGCACUUUGUAGGCAUUGCAUGAACCAUGGAAUGAUAAUUCUGUGGAAGUAUUGCCUUGUGAAUUUGCUGCUAUUUUAGUUUUGUCUUUGCUGUAAAAUUGUAGCAUUAAACAAUCAUCAUUGUUAAUAGGCUUUCUUUUGAAACAAUUAUGUGAAAUAUAUAGCUGUUCUUGAUGAAAAGCAGCUAUUUGCCUUUUUUUCUCUUUGAACUUUGAAGCUAGUGCAUUGAAAAAAAUGCACCUCUUCCCCUUUGGAAUGCUGURUUAAUGUAGUAUAAUUAUUACUGGUUUUGUAAUUUUUUCAGAUAAUGUCCUUCCCUGACAACUUUUUUAAAAUGUCUCCUUCCUUCUCCCAAGUUUUGUACUUGAUUGUAUGGUUAGUCUUGUUUUUAUGUUUUGCCUGGUUUCUCUUCAAUAUUUGUGUAUAUAAACUGAUCUUGGUAAUACUGUACAUAGCUGUUUGAAAUGCCAGAAUGACUUCUGACUAUACCAAGUUUUCACAAAAUACAUUUGAUCUGUGAUUAGCCACUUAAUUAUUAACACUGGCUAAUGGAUAUUACAAAAAAAAUUGUCUCUUGUUUGUUUUCUCAUUAACUUUGUUCUAAAACAUGUUUGCACUUGUCUGUUUGACUUGUGUUUUAUUAACAUUGAUUGGCAUAUUAAAAGUCACUCUGAGCUUACCUUAAUUGUUGAUAUUUUUGUGGUGCCUGUUUUCUCUUAUUUUAUCUCCAUUAUCACUACAUUAUAAAAUGUAGAGUGUAAUGUAUAUAAAGUACUAUAGCAGAGUGCAUAUUUUUGAUGAAAUACAAAACUUACUGCCAGUUUAAUGAUAGGCUUUAGUCCAGUUAUAUUUUGUGAUUCCCUGAAAGUUCACCCAUCAACUUUAAAUCAUUAAAAAUGUUCACGUAAUAUUUUUGUAUUGCAUUACAUAUUAUGCAUCUGACUUGCUAGAAAUAUGGUAUAAUGUAAUUUAAAAUAGCCUCAGGUUAAUUCAAGUGAAUAAAAUAAGAUUCAUGACUUUUUCUAAUUUUUACUGAGUCACAGAAGAGAGCUUUAAAGUGGG